AUGGAGGAACUCCACCAACAAAUGCGCAUGCCAAUCUCGAGACUGCUGUUGAUUUUCACUGCAGUUUGUCACUGCUGCGCUCUGACUUCCAAGGCUGCGGGCAAGGGGACGACGCGUGAGGCAUUUCUGUCCGGCGGUGCGUGGGCUUUGAGAAAGAAGCUGAGCGAGAAGGAUGGUGAAGUGUGGUGGUGGCAGGAUGGACCCAAUUGGAAGGAUAAGUAUGAUAAGGAAUGGGAGAGAUGGUUCAAAGAAGAGAAAGGUCCCUGGGGAGGGUCUGAGAAGCGUAGCGAAUGGUUCGCUCGAAUGACAGGUGGGUACAUAACGCUCGGCAAAACGAAGAUACUUUCAUCUGCUAUUGAGGGUAGUGAUAAGGUAGAGCGCACUGUGCAUUCCUUUCGUAUUCCUUCGUUUGUUGAGGUUGAUGGGGUGCUGAUGGGUAUUGGUGAUGCCCGGUAUCUUACCUCCACGGAUUACUUCUUCACCGACACCGUUGCUAAAUACAGUGCGGACGGGGGCAAAACAUGGAAAACAGAGGUCAUCAUUGAAAAUGGUCGCGUGGAUCCCACAUACUCUCGUGUUGUGGAUCCUACUGUCGUUGCUAAGGCGGACAGUGUCUUUGUGCUUGUGGCAAGAUACAAUGUCACGAAGGGGUAUUGGCACAACGAAAACAACGCAGCGGGUAUAGCGGAUUGGGAACCUUUCAUGUACAAGGGUGUAGUGACUAAGGGUGCCGACGGUAAAACCAGUGAUGUGCGGAUCUCUUGGACAAAGACACCACUGAAACCCCUCUACGACUUCACUGUUGCAGGAAGCAAGGGCACGCAGUUCAUUGGAGGAGCUGGUAACGGCGUUGUAACAUUGAACGGUACAAUAUUGUUUCCGGUGCAGGCGAGGAAUGAAGACAAUGCCGUUGUAAGCAUGGUUAUGUACUCUGUUGACGAUGGUGUGAGUUGGCAUUUUGCCCGUGGUGAAACGGCGCUUCUCACAUCGGAAGCUUCUCUUACUGAGUGGAAUGGGAAACUGCUGAUGAGCGCGCGGACAGACACUUCUGGCGUUAACGUAGAAGGUGGGUUCCGCAAGGUGUUCGAAUCUAGCAACCUUGGGGCAACGUGGGAGGAAUCACUCGGAACGAUUUCCCGCGUAAUUGGGAACUCACCCGACCGUACGCUCUAUUUGGUCCUCCUGCUGUGCAAGUGUUCCGCCAAAAGGCGUCGUAAGAUCGUACCGGCGGUGCCGGGGCUGGCUUGCCGCAAAAGCUGCUGGCAACUCGUGAUGGUGUACUAA